GUCACUUGGAGACUCUGGGGUUCCAGCCAGGCAGCUCCCCACCUACCACUAGCAAGGGGCACCUGUGAUACCACCUGCUGCCCUGAUGGUAGAGGGAGCUGCUGGGAUGGAUGAUUCUGUGGGACCUCCAGCCUCCCACCCCAGGAAAACCCUGCUGAAGCAGUGGCUGGAAGACCUGAGUGCCUUCCAUCAUGUGCUCUUGCUGUGCUCAGCCCCUUGCUCCAUCUUCCUUCUCAUCUCCCUCUUCUUCACACGGCUCUGGUUUCUGUCAGUUCUCUACCUGACGUGGCUCUACCUGGACCGGAACACCCCCAGCCAAGGGGGAAGGCGGUUGGACUGUCUAAGGAGCUGGUCGAUGUGGAAACAUCAAAGAGAUUAUUUCCCUAUUAAGCUGGUGAAGACGGCAGAGCUGCCCCCUGACAAGAAGUACCUGCUAGUGACCCACCCUCAUGGAAUCAUGAGCUAUGGGCUCCUAUGUAAUUUUGUCUCUGAGAGCAACAACUUCUCCCAGCACUUCCCGGGGAUUAAGCUCUGGAUAGCCAUGAUGUCUUUAUUCUUCUAUGUUCCUGGGUUCCGGGAAUACGUCAUGAGUCAAGGACUGCGACCCGUGAGCCGUCCCAGCCUGGACUUCAUCCUGUCUCAGCCCCAACUGGGCCUGGCAGUAGCCAUCGUGCCUGGGGGUGCCCAUGAGGCCAUGUACGCAGCCCCAGGGCAAAACUGUCUGAAGCUAGAGAAUCGCAAAGGCUUCGUUCGCCUAGCACUGAGUCAUGGGGCAUCCCUGGUGCCUGUGUACUCCUUUGGGGAGAAUGAUAUUUUCAAAUGCCUGACUUUCGCUAAGGGCUCCUGGCAGUACCAGAUACAGAUCAUCUGCAAGAAGCUCACUAGAAUCGCUCCCUGCAUCUUCUGGGGCCGGAGUCUCUUCUUGCCCAACUCCUGGGGUCUGCUGCCCCUUCCCAGACCCAUCACCACCGUCGUGGGCGCCCCCAUCCAUGUGCCCCAGCUCAGCACACCCACUGAGGAGCAGGUUGACCACUACCACAGGCUCUACCUGGAGGCCCUGGAGCGACUGUUUGAGGAGCACAAGGAAAGCUGUGGCAUUUCAGCCUCCACCCACCUCACCUACUGCUAGGCCUGCCCUCAACAUUCCAAGGAGCCUACCAGCUCUUUCCCUACUCUGUUCUCCAAUAAAGGCUGUGAUGAAA